AUAAAUACUCAGCUUUGCAAACGGCUCUUCCUGACCCAGAACACCAUGGGGGGAUCUCCUCUCUGCCUGCUGGCUGCCCUGGUGGUCUGCUUCGCCGCUUCGUCUCACAGUGAGCUGUACAGCCUCAUAACUCCCAAUGUCCUGCGGGUGGAGAGUGAAGAGAAGAUCAUCGUGGAGGCUCACGGCCUGGGGGCGCUGACGGAAGUGACGGUCACGGUCUUUGACUUCCCACAGAAGAAGAAGGCCUUGUACCUGGUCAAAGAUACUCUGAACCAAGAAAAUGGGAUGAUGGUGACCCCCAGUGUAAAGGUUCCAGCCAAAGACAUGAAGAAAGAUUCCAAGCUCAGCCAGUAUGUGAUUGUCCAAGCCAGCAGUGCCCAGUUCCAGCUGGAGAAGGUGGUUUUGGUCUCCUUCCAAAGCGGCUACAUCUUCAUCCAAACAGAUAAGACCAUCUACACACCUGGAAGUGCAGUGCGCUAUCGAGUCUUCCCUGUGGGCUACCACCUGGAGCCUGUGGAGAAAAACGUGAUUGUGGAGUUUCUGACCCCAGAGGACAUUGUGGUCCACCACGCUUCCAUUACCUCUGUUUCAUCCAACAUCCAGCCUUUCAACUUACCUGAAAUUGUGAGUUUUGGGACAUGGAAAGUUGUGGCCAAGUAUGCAGACUCCCCGCAGGAAACUUUCACCACACAAUUUGAAGUCAAGGAAUAUGUGCUUCCAAGCUUUGAGGUCAUGGUGCUCCCCCAUGAGAUGUUUUAUAAUAUUGAUAGAGACGAUGAUUUCAGAGUGUCUAUCACUGCAAGGUUCCUCUAUGGGAAGAAAGUGGAAGGCAUGGCCUUGGUCCUCUUUGGAGUGAUUGUAGAUGGUAAGAAGCUCUCCAUCCCAGACUCGCUGGACAGAAUUCCGAUUAUCAAUGGCGAAGGGGAAAGAGAUGCCGUGCUCUCAAAACAGAAGCUACAGAAACAAUUUGCCAAACCUGGGGAGUUGAGGGAUCUUCUUGGGCAUUUCCUCUACAUUUCUGUGACUGUGAUGACAGAAUCAGGCAAUGAUAUGGUGGUGGCCGAACAAAGUGGCAUUAAGAUUUCAGCGUAUGACAUCUCCCUAUGGAAAUUCACUUCACAAAAAACCCCAAGCUUCCCCAUGACCAGAGCGCAGGGUAAUCAAAAGGCGCUGGCUGUUUUGAGAGGCCAGGAAUGGACGAGGGAGCUAGGCGGCAGCGAGAUGGUGACUCUUGCGGGUUAUCGCAUACGCCCUGUAGUGGGAAGUGCGGGGGACCCACGCUGCUUUAAUUGCAUUAGCUUCGCGAGCAGAUGCUCAAGUCGGGUCAAAACCAGACACAACAAACUGCAGGACAACGCACAAGCCAGAAAUACCAUAUCGGCCAACGCCUACCAAACCCAAGGACAGUCUGGAAACUACCUCCAUUUGGCAGUCACAGCAAGAGAGCUCCGGGCAGGAGAUAAUUUGCCCAUCAAUUUCAACGUGAAGACCAGCAAUCCAAACCUCAUGGACCAGAUCCAUUAUUUCACCUACAUAAUCAUGACCAAAGGAAAGAUCUUCAAAACUGGGAGGCAGCUCAAGGCACAUGGACAGAAUCUGGUGACGAUGUCUCUGCCCAUCACCCCGGAUCUCAUCCCCUCUUUCCGAAUCGUGGCUUAUUUUCAAAUAGGGAGCAAGGAAGUGGUGGCUGACUCGGUCUGGGUGGACGUGAAAGAUACCUGCAUGGGAACGCUGGUCGUGACAGGGGCAACCGAGGCAGAUAACGAAGUUCACACCCCAGGAACGAGAAUGAAGAUCAAACUGGAAGGCGAUGCGAAUGCUUAUGUUGGCCUUGUGGCUGUCGACAAAGGAGUCUACGUCCUCAACAAAAAAUACAAGUUGACCCAAUCAAAGAUAUGGGAUACUGUAGAGAAGAGCGACAUUGGAUGCACGGCUGGCAGCGGCAGUAACCACGUGGGUGUGUUUGCAGAUGCUGGACUGGCCCUGGAGACUAGCAAUCAGAUUUCCACACCCCAAAGAUCAGAUCCAAAGUGUCCGCAACCCGCAAGAUGUCGACGUCGACGUCGCUCUCUGCAGCUUCUGGACUCCAAAGCCAGCAAAGUGGGCCAGUAUCAGGACCGGACCCUGAGGAAGUGCUGUGAAGACGGCAUGCAGGACAACCCCAUGGGCCACAGCUGCGAGAAGCGGGCAGAGUACAUCCUCGAGGGAAACGAGUGCAAAUCUGUCUUCCUUGAAUGUUGCCAGUACAUCAGGAACAUCCGCGAUGAGAGUGCGCGGGAGGAAGAGCUGGUCCUAUCAAGAAGUGAUGUCGAUGAUGCUUUCUUAGCCGAUGAUGAGAUUGUCUCCCGAACGGAGUUUCCCGAGAGUUGGUUGUGGCAAGUGGAACGUCUGACUGCACCUCCGAAUGAUCAAGGGAUCUCAUCCAAGACAGUGUCUGUUUUCCUGAAAGAUUCCAUCACCACCUGGGAAGUGCUGGCUGUUGGCAUUUCGGAUACUAAAGGGGUCUGCGUGGCUGACCCGUAUGAGAUCACAGUGAGAAAAGACUUCUUCGUUGACCUGCGGGUGCCUUACUCAGUAGUGAGAAAUGAGCAAGUGGAAAUUCGGGCUGUCCUUUACAACUAUCGAGAACAAGACAUCACGGUGCGGGUAGAGCUGGUCCACAACCCAGCUUUCUGCAGCGCUUCAACUGCCAAGAAAAGAUACACACAGAUAUUCAGAAUCAAAGGCCUGUCCUCCAAGGCCGUGCCGUUUGUGAUUGUCCCACUCCAGCGGGGACUCCACGACAUUGAGGUCAAAGCAGCUGUCUGGGACCAGUAUGUGUCAGAUGGGGUCAAGAAGAAGCUGAAAGUGGUGCCUGAAGGUAUGCAGAGAAAGCUGGUGACCGUCAUUGAACUGGACCCUGCUGCGAAAGGAGUCGAUGGAGUCCAAGAACAGAAGGUAAAAGCCAACGUUAUUGACGACCAAGUUCCCGACUCCGAAACUGUGACCAAACUUAGCAUCCAAGGAAACCCUGUAGCCCAGAUUGUCGAAAACUCUAUUGACGGGGCCAACCUGAAACAUCUCAUUGUAACUCCUGCUGGCUGUGGGGAACAGAACAUGAUCACCAUGACUCCAUCAGUCAUCGCCAUCCUCUAUCUCGACACUAGUGGACAGUGGGAGAAGAUCGGGGUGGACCGCCGGUCCGUUGCAAUCAAGCAGAUCAUGCAAGGUUACGCACAGCAACUGGCGUACAAGAAAGCAGACAACUCCUAUGCUGCAUUUACCAAUCGCCCAUCUAGCACUUGGCUAACAGCAUACGUUGCAAAAGUCUUUGCCAUGGCUAAAUCUAUUGAGUCCAACAUUGAUGCCCAGGUCAUCUGUGGAGCUGUGAAAUGGCUGAUUCUGGAAAAGCAAAAACCAGACGGCAUGUUCCAAGAAGACGCCCCAGUGAUCCACGGAGAGAUGGUGGGAGGCUAUAAGGGGGCUGAACCAGAGGUGUCCUUAACAGCCUUUGUCCUGGUGGCCUUGGUGGAGUGCAGAGCAAUCUGCGGAGAUCAAAUCGGUAGUUUAGACAACAGCAUCACCAAAGCGGCUGAGUUUCUAGCCAAAAAGUAUGAGACUCUGGAACGGUCUUACACCGUGACCCUCACUUCGUAUGCUUUAAUCCUGGCGGGGAAGCUGGACAACGACCAGGUUCUGAUGAGAGCAUCAAAAGAUCGAAAUCGAUGGGAAGAAGCCAACGCUCAUACUUAUAACAUUGAAAGCACCUCCUAUGCUCUUUUGGCCUUGCUGAAGCUGAGGAAGUUUGAUGAGGCUGGUCCCAUCGUGAGGUGGCUGACACAGCAGAAAUAUUACGGCGGGACAUACGGGCACACUCAGUCGACUAUCAUGGUGUUCCAAGCUCUUGCCCAAUACCAGACGGAUGUCCCACUCCAAAAAGACAUGAACUUGGACAUUUCUCUGCUAUUGCCAGGACGCUCUGCUCCGGUCAGGUAUAAAAUUUCAUUCGAGAACGCCCUCCUCGCCAGAUCAGAAGAGACCAAGAUCAACGAGGACUUCACCGUGAAAGCAUCAGGGCAGGGCCAAGCCACAAUGACCGUGGUCACCUUGUAUAACGCCAAACUCCGAGAGGAGGCUGCUCCCUGCAAGAAUUUUGACCUGGAAGUGACCGCUACCCCUUUCCAGCUCCGUAAGCCAAUCGAUGGAGUCUUGGGAGCCGCCAAGAUCAGGAUCUGUGCCAGGUAUCUUCGUCAGGUCGAUGCGACAAUGAGCAUCAUUGAUGUCUCCAUGCUGACUGGUUAUGGACCUGCCACUGAAGAUCUGAAGAAGCUUUCUGAAGGUUAUUGAGACAGAUACAUCUCAGAAAUCUAGAAUCGAAGCAUGAACACAUCUGAAAGGGGGAACCUCAUCAUCUAUUUGGACAAGGUUUCUCAUUUGGAGGAUGAAUGUCUGGAAUUCAAACUUUACAAGUAUUUUGAGGCUGGCCUCGUUCAGCCAGGAUCGGUCACAGUGUACAGCUACUAUUCCCUAGACGACCGCUGUACCAAGUUCUACCAUCCAUCCAAAGGGAAGCCCGAGCAUCUCAAUACCAUCUGCCAUGGUGAUGUUUGUCGGUGUGCAGAAGAAAACUGUUUCUUGCACAACAAAGAAGAUGAACAGGUUGAUUUGCAGUACCGAGUUCGGGAAGCCUGCAAGCCAGAAGUGGAUUAUGUGUACAAGGCCAAGCUUAUUCAAAUUGAAGAAGAAAAUGGUUAUGAUAACUACAUGAUGGAAGAACUGUACAAGCAAGGGACUGACAUCAAUCCACAAGCCAAACACCGCAAGUUUAUCAGCCAUAUGAAAUGCCGGCAGUCUCUGAAGCUGCAGAUCAACGCGGACUACCUGGUCUCAGGCCACAGCAAAGACCUCUGGCCCACCAAAAACGAUGUCAAUUACAUCAUCAGCAAAGACACCUGGAUCGAGAAGUGGCCAAGCGAGGACGAAUGCCAGGAGGAGGAGUUCCAGAACCUCUGCAACGACUUCCUCGAGUUCUCCAACAGAAUCACCCUUUUCGGCUGUGACAACUAACAGCGGAAGCGUCACCCACGGCCACUGCAUGGAGGCGGAUCUGAGCUGACGUGGCGGAGAAGACACCUCCCAGUCCCAACGCUCCAGUUUCUUAGCUGGCUGGCCUGUUGUGUCCCCAACAUGGUUUUUGUAGAUAUUAAUAAAAAGAAAGAACAGA